AGGAGAACGUUGUCACUAUUCCCUCGGUUAGGAGCGUACGAGGCGUCGGGCGUUGGAAGCUUCCCCCUAGGAGAGGCAUCCCUAAAAACAUAUACAUUUUCCGGGUCCUCGUAUGGAGAUAGAUUUUAUCAAACACUUCUUGUUUCAUGCCCAGUCUGACCCUCGAGCUAUCUGACAGGAUUACCCCAUGGUGUACUCUGCUCGUACCCUGGUUCUUUCAUUAGCCGCCGAUCGUCAGUGGAGCCUCUUGUCUCCCUCAUCCCGCCAAGUGACGACCACCUCACUACUUCAUCCUUCCCAACGCAACCCUCCUUGCCCUCUCCAUCCGGUGUUCCAUGUGACGGCUGAUUUCCCUUUUGUAUCGAUUCCUCAAUCUCAACCUCCUCGGCGAGGGCCAGUCCCAUUUCUCUUGUACCCAAAAUUCAAAAUUGCACGAUCUCGCUUGCCCGGUUCUGCCAGUGGCAUCUGAACUAGUGCUCGAGCUUGUACAGUUUUUUGCCUUCUUCACCCGUUUCACACCUGUUCUUUAGCGUCCUCUCUACCCCGUCCCCUCCGAACUUGGGUGUCGACUGGCCAAAUGUCCAAGCCGCCCUUUACGGUCCGAGCGGUCUUUGAGUAUGCGUCGGGCCACGAUGACGACCUCAGCUUCCCAAUCGGUCAAAUCUUAACCGUCACCGCCGUGGAGGAUGACGACUGGUACUACGGUGAAUACACAGACGGCUCCGGAGCCAAACAAGAGGGCAUCUUCCCCAAAAACUUCGUCGAGCGAUAUGAGCCUCCUGCGCCUCCCCGUCCAAGUCGUCCCAGCAGACCAAAGAAAGAAGCCGAGCCCGCCCCCGUGGAAUCCCCCGUCGCUGUGACCGAGAGCAAGCCGCAGGCGGAGCCUGAGGUUGCGGAGCAACCCGCCGUGGAGGAACAGGAACCAGUUUCCAAGCAGCCUCCUCCCCCUCAGUCCCCGUCAGCGGUCUCGAGUCCGGUCGCCGAAACUCCCUCCUCGCCCAAGCAGCCCACUCACGCAGCUAAACCCGCACCCGCUCCUGUUCCUGCCGCGGCCCCCGCUCCUCCCCCCGUGGCCAAGUCCUCAAAGCCCCCGCCCCCGGCCGUCGCAGAGAAGCCCUCGGGUUCGUCAUUCAAGGAUCGCAUCGCCGCCUUUAAUCAAUCUGCUGCGGUGCCAAUUGCUCCUUUCAAGCCCGGCGGGCCUCAUCAGUCGACUGCGUUCGUGAAGAAACAAUUCGUUGCCCCACCCCCCAGCAAGGAUUCUUUCGUGGCCCCGCCGAGAGAACCAGCUCCUAAGGUCUAUAGGAGAGAAGAGGAUCCCGAUGUGAAGGAGCAACUAGCUCGGGAGCCUCCAGUCUCGGAGACCCGUCCGCCUCCGCCUGCUCCAGUCCCUGUGCAAGAAUCUGAGGAGGGUGCCGAAGACCAGCCGAAGCCGACCAGCCUCAAGGACCGCAUUGCUCUUCUGCAGAAGCAACAAUUGGAACAGGCUCAGCGCCAUGCAGAGGCCGCCCAGAAGAAGGAGAAGCCUAAGCCUCCCAAGAAACCGGUUGAUCAACCCUUGGAACCUGUGGAAGCCGAGGAGGAGCUCGAGACCUCCCCUGUUGAAGCUGUUGGAACAACCCGGGAUCCUAGUGUCGACACAUUGCGCGCCAAGGCACCUCCAGUACAGCCUGCUCCUUUCUCUCCCUCGGAGGAAAUAGCCAGCGAGUCGAACGAUGCUGAUUACUCUGCUGCUGCAGACUCUGAGGAUGCAGGAGAGACGUCCACGAGCAAGGAUGAGGACGAGGAGCGUCCUCGUCAGCAAUCUGUUCACACCAUCGAGCAAAAGGGCGAGGAGGCCGACGUUGAGAACGAGGAGGAGGAGGAACUGGAGGAAGAGGAACUGGACCCUGAAACCAAGCGCAGGAUGGAACUUCGUGCUCGCAUGGCUAAGAUGAGCGGUGGCAUGGGUAUGAUGGGACUGUUUGGGCCUCCCGGUGGUCUGCCAGGCAUGGUUCCUCCUACAGGCGCUCGCAAGCCUAAGACGCCUGGCGAAUCUGAGAAGAAGCUUGCUGAGCCCGAGCCUACGUCGCCUCGUCAUGCUCCCCCCGUGCCUUUGCCUGGAAUGAAUAUCAGCGCGAAGCCUCCAGUCGAUGUGGAGAAGGAGGAAGAUGAGCCUCUAGCAACCCCAAUCUCUGAACAGCAUCCCCCACGAGAGGUCCCAGAUGUGGAAGAAGUCGUUCAUGAAGGCGCCCCGCCUCGUCGUUCUACUGAUCGACCCCCUCCCGUCCCGCCUACUGAGCGCUCUGCUGCAGCUCCACCAGUCCCAGAGUCGCGGGCUGUUCCACCUCGCCCAGCGCCAGUGGAAGAACCAGCGUCGCCCCCUCCAGUUCCAGGAGGUCGACCUGCGCCUCCUCCGCCUCGGCCUUCAACUGGUGAUGAAUCUGAUGAUGAGCUAUCUGUGCAUACAAAAAGUUUAUCUUUAGAUGAUUCUGCUCAGUCUCCUACUGUGCCUGCGCCGGCCAUCCCUGACCGCUUGGAUGCUCGCCGCUCCUCGACAUAUGACUUAACACUCCCGUUGGGUCCGACCUCGAUUGCCGAAAAGCGAGCGAGCCGCCCACCACCUCCCAUCCCGACCAACCCGCCCAUGCCUCCAGCACAGGGUCGUGCGCCGCCCCCGCCACCCCCAGGCCAACUUCGUCGGCGGUCCACAGCUGAUAGCCGUGGGAGUGCUCCCCGACAGGCUGGCGAAGACGUUGAAGGAGAGGUCACGGAAUAUGACGGAGAUUACGACACUGAUAUUGCGUCUGGAGUCAAGCACAAAGAUGCACUAAGGGCUCAUGAGCGAGAUUCGAGCUUCGAUGAGGGAACAAUCACCGACGACCAUUCCAUUCAGUCACCUCGAAGCCCUCAGGAAGCUCGCCUGCCUCCGCCGCUCCCCCCAACCGCUGCCCCUCGGGGAGUUCCACCCCCGCCACCAAGCCAACCGCCGCGAAAUGCUCGUGCUUCCAUAGAUACGCCAAGAGGACCUCCUCCAAUGCCGCCCACUAGAGAAGUUCCUCGUGGCGGUGCUGAGGAUGACGAGGAAUACGAUCCUUUCAACUAUUCUGCUCCUCAACACGGGCUACCUUCUCCUUCUCUGCCUCCUCCCAGUGGACGCCCAGAAGCCCCACCCCCUCCUCCUCCGCAGCCCGUGAAUGAUGAUUAUGAUGACAUGUAUGAGGCAUCUCCAGUCCAAAGUCCAUUAAACGAGCAGCCUCCUUCGUUCCACGAAAAGCGACCUUCUCUGGCCCCACCGCCUCCUCCUCAGAGCCAGGCUCCAGCCAUGCCUUCACCUUCCGCCGCCCGAAGCGGGCGAGCAUCUAUGGAUCUGAUGCGUGCUCAGCGGCGAUCAAUGGAUGUAUCACGUCCCUCAAUUGAUCAAGGCUUCAUUGCCGCUGACGUUGAUCUUGGGGAGACUUCCCUGUGGUGGACUCAGCCCAACACACCUCCUCCAGUUUUCCGGAACCGCAAGGAUAUCCUCUUCGAGGUUGAGGAGUCUCCGUCCACGAAACGGGGUGGCAAGAAUACCGUGUCCAAGGACGUUUAUGUCCUUUUCAUUGACUAUUCACACACUGUGGUGACUGUCCACUUUGAUGCAAAGAACCCGGUGGAUGCCACCCUGGAGCAGCGUCAUGAGCCUCCACCUCUCCAGCCCCGGCAGGAUCAACUGGAGCAAGCACACCUUCAGCAUGGAACCCGGAUUUCAGAAUCCGUUAACGCGAUUCAAAACUCUACCGUGGGAGAUGGUACUCCUUUCGCAUUGAUUCAGCACCUUCUAGACCCUCUGUCCGAUGCGCUUCUCCCUGUAGGAACCCGUGCCUACGGUGCUUUGGUCUACUCGAACUUGGCCAACGCUUCCGUUACGCAGAACGAUGAGAUCCGCGCUGGUGACAUUGUCAGCUUCCGAAAUGCUCGGUUCCAGGGUCACCGUGGUACUAUGCACCAGAAGUACAGUGCCGAGGUGGGCAAACCUGACCACGUCGGCAUUGUCGUUGACUGGGAUGGUACAAAGAAGAAGAUCCGAGCCUGGGAACAGGGCCGCGAGAGCAAGAAGGUCAAGAUGGAGAGCUUCAAGCUGAACGAUCUCCGUAGUGGCGAGUGCAAGGUCUGGCGCGUCAUGCCCCGCAGUUGGGUUGGCUGGGAGUCUGCCAAAUAAGCUGAAUGGGCUCGAUACCUCCCCUGUCUCGAAUCAUUCAUGUCGGUGCGAUGCUCUUUCCGCUCUAGAACGGGCCAGCGCCAUGUAUGAGUUACGGCCGGAUUCGUUCAUUCACCCUUCCUAUAUUUUCCCCCCUCCCCAUUCCCAUACUUGAUCUCGUUUCAUGUCCUUUUUAUUUGCGUUCAAAACCUUCCUGCCUGUGUGGUAAUGAGGAUAGCCGCAAUGGUUAUUUUUUUGUUGGAGAAUUGAGCGAGCGUGCACACCCGUUUUCUUUACGUCCCCCUCUUGCCCUGUCCUCUGGUAAAUUUUGCAUGACCAAUGUUUUCCGCUCUGCUAUAGUCUUCAUGUUCUCCAUUGCCCUGUAUCUAUUUGCAAUGUAUUCAUUUUGAUUCGAUUCAGACCAGUGUAAGGAUUGAACCAGCGCUCCAUUCUCGGUAUUUGACCUUGACAAGAUGAGGUGUAUUGGAUGGAGACUUGAUAUUAUAGAAAAUUGAACAUUCUUCUUUUGAGCAUUCAAAG